ACCACAACCCACACAACCUCUUCCCACCACAGCUCUAAAUCCAUCGCAAUGGCCUACACCCUUACCGUUCUCUAUCCAAACGAGCUCGAUGCAGACUACGACCUCGACUACUAUGUCUCCAACCACAUGCCUCUCGUUCAACGACACUGGGAGAAAUACGGCAUCCACAGCUGGUCGGUAACCCGGUUCAAUCCCUCGGUCGAUGGGACUCGGCCUCUUUAUACUUUCGGAUGCACUAUCCACUGGGAAAGCGAGGAAGGGGUGCAGAAGGCAUUUAAAGGCCCAGAGGCUGCGGAGGUUCUGGGAGAUAUUGCCAAGUUCAGUAACAAACAACCCAUAUUCUUGUUAGGAGAGAGAAUAGCCACGACAUGACGCACACUGCUUUAUGGAAGGGGAGGCAUCUUUCCCAGACGAGGUGCAGAGGAAUCCCCCUUGCGUGAGCGCAGGCAACAUCGUCCCAUUUUGAUGAAUUCGGCGAGGGAAUAUGUGUAGCUACCCUUAAUUGGCAGCUGAAUUACCUAUAUGACGGAGCCAAAUUGAGAUAUCAC